CCUCCCUCUCUCUCCUUUUUAUCUCCUCCCUCCACGCCUGGUCCAAACCUGCAAAUGAAGCCCACCAAGGUGGCGAAGCCCAGCGACAAGUCCGCUGCAAAGGCCAAGAAGGCUGCCCCGCCUGCUGGUAAGGACGCCAAGAUUGACGGGUUCUUGGAUGACAUCUUCAAGAGCGUCUCCUCCAAGGCCAAGCCUCAGGCAACAGCGCAGCCCACCCCCGGCACGAAUGAUCUCGAUGCCUUCCUCGAUGCUGAGGACCCCGAGGAGGGCGUCGAGCUGACCGAUGCCGAGAAGAAGGCCAAGAAGAUGCUGAUCGCUCGGAGUCUUUCUAGGAUCUCCUCCGGGACAAAGGAAAGCGCGGAGACCUUGCUGAAGAAGGCCACCGGGAGUAAGACCGACAAGACCGGUCCUGAUGACGAUGGGUUUGCCGACAGUCGCGGUAGCCGUCAGCAAGGACGUUCCUUCACCGAGGAUGGCUAUCCGAUUUACACUCCCGACGAGCUUGGCCUCGGCAAGGGCGGUGACACCGAGGACUGUCCGAUCGACUGCGAUUGCUGCUUCUAGGCCACUUCCGGGUGGCCAACUGUCUCGCGCUUCCAGGGACCCACAAACUUGCCAGCCAGCACAAACACACCACAACAGAACAAACAAUACCCUCUA